AGGAAUAUAGAAUUAGGCGUUAAGAAUUAUUUUAUAUCUUGGAGCGUCAGGCCAUUUAUUACACACCUCAAACUCACAAAUUUCAGCAUUUUGGGUCAAUGCUCCAAAAGCAUUAAGAUGGGACGGACAUCCACGUUCUCAGCGAUUGAGUUGACAAGGGAACUCUCGCAAUGUGACCUAAAUCCUCGAAUGAGCGACGAUGACAGGGGGGAAUGAUUACGAAGCGGGGUCAGAACCGCUGCUUCCGGAGGUAAAAUCUAUGCGCCGCUCUAUUUCUUAUCACUUACUAUAGUCCAAAUAUAGUCAGCCACGAAUGAAUUUGAAUGAUUCGAGUGACUGACUGGUUCAAGUUCAAGUGAUUUGAAUUUUAUACCGGCAGACGACAUCCGACACAAAUUAAUCGAAUAGUUAGUCACACUUCUUUGGAUGCUGUACAAUUAUUUGAUCGCAGUGUUCUCAGUCAACCACACGCAGGAGUCUAUCCACGAUGCCUUCAAGAAGAUCACACAUCAAAUCACAUCACGGCUGCAGCCAAUGCAAACUCCGAAGAGUUAAGGUAAAUUGUCUCUGCAUCUCGAAAGGUUGUUGGGGUUGUCAGUUAUAUCACGGCUCACAACUUCUCAAUUAUCGUGCUAAUUCCAACUUUAGUGUGAUGAACGUCAGCCUGUCUGUUCUAGAUGCAAAGCAUAUAAAAGAGAAUGCACGUAUAAUUCCGUCAUCAGUCAAGCACCUGGUCAACAUAGUUUCGAGCUACGGCCACCGCCGUUAUCUAAAACACAUAAUCAUAAGCCGCCUCUCAUCAGACCAUCUUCCCGAUGCAAUCCACCUCAAAAUCAAAACCCGAUUUACAACAAUCAAGCAUGGAUUCCAUUUGCUUUACACAAAGAAGAAGAUGCUCUUCUUCAUCAUUAUGUCAAUGUCACCGCUAGACCCAUGACAUCGGCAUUCAAUCGUCCGGAUCAAAGUAAAUGGGAAGGAGCAGUUCGACGCAACGCUUCAACCCAUGGUUUCGUAUACAACGGAAUGCUUUCAUUUGCUGCAUUACACCUAGCUGUUCUACAACCCCAGAAUCGCUCGAUGUAUAUAGCCAAAGCAUUGAAGUUUCAAAAUGCAGGCAUGACGGAGUUCAGACCCGUGUUGGCAAAUCUCACAGCUUCGAAUUGUGAAGCUGCAUUGGGAUUUUCAGGCUUGCUGAUAAGUUCCAUCUAUGCAAUCACAGUAGCGCAGGCCGGGCCAAAUCGAUCCAGCGAGAGACUAUUGGAUUAUCUACCUGUGAUAUUUAGUCUGUUUAAUGGAACUGUGGCUAUAUACAGGAUGGGUUGGAUGAAAAGCCUCGAUUAUAAUCUUAGCGUACAUCUCCGACAAAAAGUAAUGAGAGUUGAUGUAGCCAACACUCCAGCCAAAGGUGAAGAGUACCUUGAACAACUACAAUGUCAAGAAAUCGAAAGGCUCAAAGAUCCACAUCUCCGAAACUUGUAUAUCGAUAUAUCCUAUAAAGUUCGGCGAAAUUUGAGAAGGACACAGCAAUUUCCUGGAAGAGCCUGGCCUGGAACGGCACCACCAGCAUACAUUCAAUGCGUAAAAGAAAGAGAGCCGAUUGCGUUGGUACUAGUUGCCUAUUGGUCGGUAGGACAGGAUAGAGGCGUUGGGUAUAAUUGGUGGGCGAGGAAUUGGGCGAGAGACUUGGUGGAGACGAUCGGAGAAGAGUUAGAGGAAGAUUCGCGAUGGGGCUUGUAUAUGAGGUGGCCAAGGGAGAAGAUGGGACUGGUUUGAUAGGAAUUGAUUACGAAUUUUAUGAAUAUAUUGGGCUUGAUUAUGUAAAAAGAAAGAUAUUGGCUCGACUGGACCAAUGUUUUAUUAUUUCAUUACACGAAGACAUUGGCUUGUGCUCGCAUCUACCAUUUUCAACUCCUAAUUU